AUGCGUAGAGUGCUACCAACCAUACCACAGUCUAGACUGAAAAACCAACCCAGAUUAGAGCAGGUUGGAACUGGAGUUAAAUUUCACCAAGAAGAGGUUUUUAUAUUUCACUCCACACUGACUGAACUACAGAAUAUUAUCGACAAGUCAAUAAGACGAGGUGGUUUACCCUCUGAUCUUUUCACCUCUCUUCAAGCUGCCAGGGAGCAUAAUCUAUCAUUGGUAGAACUAUUUUAUAAAUUAAUACUUCAGGCUGAAUACUCCCAGGAUAAAUCUGUAGUCAUUUCACCAGAAGACUCAAGAUUAUUUGCUCGACACUUCCACUUCCUACGAGCCAUCUUUCCGUUCCUAUAGUCGUAGAACAUCGUUAAUCAUUAUUCUUCCGUUAUUUUGUUAUAUUAAUAAGUAUUAAAGACGACAUCUAAGUAUUGAA